UUGCAAGUGGGGUAAAUGUUUUGUGGUGCUUACAUUUCGCUCUCGCCUGGGUACAUUGACACACUCCUGAACUUGCAUCAAUUGCUAUAAUUUUGGCUAUUUUACAUCGACGUUGGGGCAACAUGUCGGUUGCGUCUGCAUCAAUACAGUUUUUUACUCGUUUGUUACGAUAUCGAACGAAAUGUGCCUUUCCGUUUCACGCAGCAUCUAGGAUUUUAAUAUCACCAUACCUGCCCCAGGUCUUUGGCGGUAAUAAGGUGCUACUGGGCACCAGUGCACAGCCACUCAGGUCAGAGGAGAAGGUGACUGUCUAUUUCAUCAACCGCGAUGGGCGGAAGAUCACCACUUCAAGUGCCAAGGGCAACAGUCUUCUAGACCUGGUGGUCGAACAAAACCUAGAUAUUGAAGGUUUUGGUGUGUGUGAGGGGACCCUGGCCUGUUCUACCUGUCAUGUGAUCCUGGAUCAGAAGGUGUACAACCAGCUGGGGCCCAUCACUGAUGAGGAGAAUGACAUGCUGGACCUGGCCUUUGGCCUCACUGAUACGUCUCGUCUGGGUUGUCAGGUCUGCCUAUCCAGAGAUCUGGAGGGCAUAACGGUCCGUGUGCCAGACGGGGUGAACGACAUGCGGAGAUCUGACGAUGCUGGACCUACACUGUAAAGCAUCUUGUUGUUUUUACAGUAUUAUACAAAACUAACAGUGAAGUGCUAUAUUAAUGAUUAAUUGCCCUAAAUCGAAAUGCAAUCUGGGUGGUUUUAGGUCUAACUGAUUAAUUGAUACUAUACAAUUCCAAAGAAACUUGGUUUAACAGUACAUUCAUGUUAAAAAGCGCUAUAUUUCCAAUGCUACUGUAAUUCCACCCCACAGAAUACUGUACCCUUCCCUGUAGUGGUUUCAUGUUAUUGUUGUUUUCAUUAACAUAUUAUGAGGUGUGCCUUGUAAGAGGCUGCAUUUGUUCCACCGGUUAGUGAGAGUGAGGUACCAAUUUAACUGAUACAGUAUGUGGUGGUAGUAGUGCCUCAACAAUUGAAUGUGCAUACAGUAGGGGACAGAUUGGAGUGGCAGCAAGUCUUAAACCUUUAAUGGUUUAGUAUUUGCCAUGUUCUUUGGUCUGUUUUGCCCUUUAUUCACUGCCAGUUUAGAAACCUUUGUUAAGGCCUCUAGAAGUGCAAGUGGUAUACAGUACCAGUGAAAAUUUUGGACACACCUACUCAUUCAAGAGUGUUUCUUUAUUUUUACUAUUUUCUACAUUGUAGAAUAAUAGUGAAGACAUCAAGACUAUGAAAUAACACAUAUGGAAUCAUGUAGUAACCAAAAAAAGUAUUAAAUAUAUCAAAAUAAAUUUUAUAUUUGACAUUCUUCAAAGUAGCCACCCUUUUCCUUGAUGACAGCUUUGCACACUCUUGGCAUUCUCUCAACCAGCUUCAUAAGGUAGUCACCUGGAAUGCAUUUCAAUUAACAGGUGUGCCUUGUUAAAAGUUAAUUUCUUUCCUUCUUAAUGCAUUUGAGCCAAUCAGUUGUGAUGUGACAAGGUAGGGGUGGGUAUAGAGAAUAUACCCCUAUUUGGGGUAAAUAUAUAUAUACACAUUACCGUUCAAAAGUUUGGGUCACUUAGAAAUUAAAAUAACAUCAGAAAUACACAGUGUAGACAUUGUUAAUGUUGUAAAUGACUAUUGUAGCUGGAAACGGCAGAUUUUUUAAAAUGGAAUAUCUACAUAGGCGUACAGAGGUCCAUUAUCAGCAACCAUCACUCCUGUGUUCCGCUAGUAACCUACAGUAAAUGGCUAGUAACCUACAGCAAAUAGCUAGUAACCCACAGUAAAUAGCCAGUAAUCGAAUGUCAAGUUUUUUGUUUAUAGAUCAAAUAUUUAGUAUUGUUGAAAUGCUGAAAUAAAAGAGUUUUCCUAAUUAUUAAGA